AGAUUUAUUUUGUGUUAUAAAUAGAUAUUGUACGCUCUAGAUCAUAAUAUUAAAACAAUAUGGACGUUAUAACUGUUUUCUAUUCUAUGUAAAAGUUAUAUAUAUUGAAAGAGAUUUUAUUUGUCUGGAUUAUUUCAUUAAUACGCUAUGAACGUUUGUAAGAGAAAGAAGAGAGCAUUCAUUUGGUUGUCUACACCUCUACUGGUCUCAAUAUUCCUAACCAUUCAUACAGUAUUCCGUUACCAACCACAAUCUAUUGAAAUAGAAAAGUCUAGCUCAGUUAAGUUUGAUGACAACAGUCAUAAUGUAAUCCGUGAAACAGCUUUGCCUUCACCUAGAAUAAUAAACACAUUUUCAAACAAGACAAUAGUUUACAUAUCAAAUACCACGUUUAAAGUAAACACAAGUGCAUGUGAGCAUUGGUUCGAACCAACAUUUGUGGAAAACUUAAAAGUUGUUUCAAAUUAUCCACGUGGCAAUGUAACGGAAUACUUUUUGAAAAUUGGCGGGAAUUUGACGCAACCAAAGCAGAUGAUGACUAAAUUUCCGGUGUUAGUAACGGCAGCAAGUUCCGGCCAUUUCAAAGUGUCCCAAGGGCUGCUGAAAUCCAUUCAUGAAAUUUUGAUGCCGAAAUACGGAGACGUCAAAAUUAUAUAUUACGACAUGGGCUUAUUAAGUGAUCAACUUAUAGCACUUGAAAAGUACUGCCGGUGUGAAGUAAGAAAAUUCCCAUUUAGUGAUUUACCGAAACAUGUUAGCCUGUUAAAAACGUACACAUGGAAACCAAUUAUUGUGAAGAUGUUAUUAAUGGAAUAUGGUUGGGUAUGGUAUAUGGACAGCUCGGCACGAUUUACAACAAAUGACCUUGACCUACCUUUAAAGUAUAGUUUGGACAACUCCGUCCUGUAUUUCACUUACGGUAAUUCUCUAUCUGUCGCCCAGCAUACAGACAAACGUACAGUUGCCUAUUUAGGAGAGGACAUGUGUAAAUAUCGUUACUUUGGUGAACUGGAAGCCGGAUUCGUGUUGUAUCACUUUGAUCACGUGACUAGUGUUAUUGUAGACCAAUGGGUCUCGUGCGCUCUUGUCCAAGACUGUAUGGCACCGGCCGGUGCCAAAUUAGGGUGCAAUAACAAAAUUACAACUGACGCUCAGUGCCAUAGAUAUGAUCAAGCAGUGUUAAGUAUAAUAAUAAGACGGUUAUUCCACGAAAUAAAUGAUUAUCCGAAUGUGAUAAAACCAUUCCGUAUCCAUGUGAUAAGACGUGGUGAUGGAGUAAAUUAUUUUCCUAUUUGAUAUGUUUUCUAGAAUGUACAUUAUUUAUUUAAAUACAGACUAGUUUACUUGAAAGCUUCACGGGCUGUCAUUCGUGUUGAAUCAGACGAGUCUACACAUUCUUGAAGUCUGGUCAGGUACUAUACUAUUGGAAGCUUAAUAUUUGGUAUUCUGAUACUAAAAUACUUAAAACUUCAAAUGGACUAUUCUUAAAUUUAAAGCAGAGUAGAUCCAUGACAUAAAUUCAGCAGUUUUGAUUCAAGGUACGUAUUUCAAACAGAAGAUAAUAAAGCUUAGCUUGUUCAAAGGUAUGAAGAAACAUAUAGUUAGCAUUAGUGAGAUUCAUUCUGAAAGGACUGUCAGAACUUAUCUACCAUCAUCGGCAGCCUCGAAAUGCAUUUCUACCUACAAAAGCAGUAUGUUCUCCUCGAAGGGGCUAGUUUCGACGCCUGUUACAUUUUCAAACGACGCACAAUGUUGAUAUUUGGCAUGCAUGACCCUAAGUGAUAAAUGUCUUUAUUAUAUGAUCUAAAUAAAGCUGCAAUCUCAUUGGUCCAAACAGUAGUCAACAGAACUUUUUAUAAAAUCAUAUUUACUGGGUGUAGUAUCAUAUUCACUGGCUGAAUUGGAUUUUCCCAGUCUAAAAAUAGAUUGAGACUCAUAUUCAAUGAUCAUACACCGUAGACUGUUAAUUACGCGUGUUAAUUAAAAAAUAAUUGUU